AUGAAUUCGCCGAUCUCCAGCAGUGCCUCGAUUUCUGAGCUCCACAUCCCGUCACAGUCCGACACAGCGCUUGAAGUUCAACUUGACUUGGAGAGGAAGAGUAGCAUCAGUCGGCUGAAGGAGUUCUACUUGCGAAGGCUCUCGCAAAGCGAAACUGCUGCGGUUUCACGGCUACGGGCGAAGUCGACAACUUUCUCUAGCCCACGACGGUCGCCAAGGAUCCUGCCUCGUGAGACCGAAUGGGAGGUGGCAAGCAGCAAAGGCUUCAGCAAGGCCUCUGAGACCGGCUCGAGUGUGCAGACAUCUCCGUCUUCGAAUCCACAAGAGUGUACCAAAGCUGUACCUCGCAAGAGUAUUGCAGACCUGGAUGCGAAGCUUGUGACCGUGAUGGCCGCCCUGGAGAGCAGGAUUCUGGAGUGCCUCGAGCCGAACGCGAUGCGUCAUCUGAAGCAGCUGAGGCACCACGUUGAAACGGCAUUGCGCUGGACCACGCCAGACGUCAGCUUCAUCGGGGAGGAAACUGCCCAACAGGUGAAGCAAUUGAACGGAACGGCCCGUGUUUUGGCCCCUGGCGUGUACGUGUUUUCCAAGCGUGCCGAGCACCUGAUCGUCCAGAAGGAGAGAUAUCUGAAAAAGAUUGCCAAGAAAUUGAUCGUCAACGAGGCUUGCAUUGGGGCUCUCGGGGCCAACAACUUGAGCUGGAGAGUGCCUCCGUCCCAGUACAAUCCGGCGUCCACCAUCGUUAGUGAACUGGACAGCGAGUGUGGCACGGCCACCGUCUACGCCGACACAGUCGUCACAUGGGACGGCCCAGACGUCGGCAACAUGCAAGAGGUGAACGAGUACCUCGCAUUGAAGACUGAAGAUGAGCAGCGGCGCUGGUUUUAUUCGCAGUGCCUCGCCGCAAAGAUGAAUGCAGCAGACCAGGCAAAAGCAAGAAAGACUUUGGUCUCUGACCUUUACCUGAAAGUGAAGCUGGGGUCCUACGAGCGCGGGCAGGAUUUUCUGGCCAGGGCCAAUGUGCCGGACAAGUUGGCGAAGGAUUUAGCAGAUCCGUAUUGUGAUCCUUCGGUGAGACUCUGCGUGACACGCCUGCUUGGGUUUAUCGCAGGACGAAGCGCUGCAUCGGCACAACUUCUUCUCGUUAGUCACGAGGCACCGUUUCCACAGUCGAUUGCUGGCAUGCUCGAUAGCAAAGACGUUUCGGAGAGGCUUUGUGCCAUCAACGCUUGGGCCACCGCUUCGCUGCAGUCUGAGGGCCUCAGCUUCUUCCUGAGGUGGACGCCGUUGCUGCAGGAGAUGGUGUCACUCGUCGGCGCAACGCAGAAUGAAGUGGCCAAGGCGGCCAUGGAUGCCUGGGCCACGAUUCUUCAGGAUCGACCGCCCGUCACUGAUAGCAUUGAUGAGGCAGCUGUAGCCAUAGCCAUGGGGUUCACGAAGAAGGUUGCUCAGGAGCCCGCGGAUUGGCAGCAGUUCUACGUGAACUAUGAGGAACUGAAGCAGGCCGUGAUCAACAUGGCCGAGGAGGAAGAAGAUCCGUCUUCUGGACGAGGCCGCCUCAUGACAGCAGACAUGUUGGAUGACACUACAAAAAUGGGGCGCUUUCAGGGCAUGCUCCGUGCAGAGCUGAACAAGGUGAAUGACUUUGCUUGCGUGAAGCACGAGGACAUCUUCCUCGGCCUCCGGAAGGUCUGCGCUCAGUGCAAGAAGCUGCAACCAGAGGAAAUAGAGAACAAGGCCGCCAACAUUCGAGAGCUUGGCGAGCAAAUUGUCCACUUAGAUUCGUUUGUACGGCUGAACUACGUGGGUUUCCAGACGCUUACUGAGAAGUUCGACGACCUCCUGGGCACAGCUGGCAGUGCGCUCUUUGUGUCCGGUCUUCACUGCGAGCCUUUCUGUAACAUUCGCUUCGAUGACAUUUUGAUCCUCCUGGGCUUGGCCUGGGCGCUCUGGCGCACGGCACAGUCCACAGAGCAAAGCAAGGAUGCCACGUGGAAGCCGCCCGAGAGCUUUAUCCGGAAUACGUCGAAAUACUGGGUAGCACCCGAGAAUGUGGUCCUGUUGAAGACCCGCAUCGUCGAACACCUGCCGUAUCUAAUCUUCGGCGCAUCUCAAACAGAGCAAGAAAAGCUUCUGGAGCCUUUCGCGCUCUUGGAUCUGGAGUAUGAUGGCCUUGAUGACCAGAAGGCUCUCAGCGCCUACUCGGGCACGAUGGAGGAGUCGCAGCUUCUCAGCUCAGUGUACUUCGACAGUCCGGAGGCAACCAGUUACCAGGAGCGGAUCCGCCGUGAAGAGGGGGCUCGAUUGGUCAGGUUUCGAUGGUAUGGAGAGAAUAGCCAGGAGCCUGACAAGGAGAUCUACGUGGAGCGAAAGAUCCACCACGAGGGCUGGGGUGGCAAGAAGUCAGCAAAAGAACGCUGCGUUAUUCCCCAGGAGGACAUCUUCGAUUUCAUGAAAGGCAAGUUUGACAUUGACGGGUACUUCAAGCAGCUCGAGGAGCAGGGAAUGUAUUCAGAAAAGGCCCGGAAGAACAUGAAGGGCAUCGCUGUUGAGGUGAACAAGCUGAUCCAAGACAAGAAACUGCAGCCCAUCAUCCGUACUUCGUAUUACAGAUGUGCCUUUCAGCUUGCGACGGACAACAAAGUCCGCAUUUCCCUCGACACGCAGAUGUCUCUUCUAAAUGAGUACAUGGCAGGAGGACACCAGAACAAACCCUGGUGCCAUAUAGCAUCAGACAGCCUGCAGCGUGACGACGUCUAUCGCUUCCCGUAUGCAAUUCUCGAAAUCAAGCUGCAGGACGUGUCAGAGGCUCCCCUGUGGCUCCGGCAGACACUCAACGACAUCAGCGCGAUCCAAGUUCACAAAUUCUCCAAGUUUCAGCAUGCGAUGGCCUUCCUGCACCCACAGCGAGUACCCAUACUGCCGCACUGGCACAAAGAUUUCCAGGAGUGGCAGAACAAGAAGGACGACGCCGAAGCCAAUUUUCGACGCCGGCAGAAGCUAAGCUCAAAGGAGCGAAUCAAGAUGACUCAGGGCUCUUCCUUCACGGAGCUGGACCUCACCGUGCCGGCGGUGGAGAAGGUCGUCGCCCCUCAUGGAGAGGGCCAUUUCCUGAAGGAUAUGGAAAACCUGGACCCCAAAGCAGUCUUCGCAAACGAGCGGACUUUGUUGCACUAUGCGGAGAAGGGCAUGUACGUUGCUGCUGUGGCAGUCGUCGCCAUGAACCAUCACAGUCGGGACGUCAAGAUCUUCGGCCUCGUCCUCUCCGCAUUAACCGCCGCAUACUAUGUGUGGAUUCUGGUUGCCUAUUUUCAGCGGCUCUCGGAGAUCACCGGGCGCUCCAAAGUGGUCAAGAACCGCGAAGCUCGCCUGGAUUGGGAAGCUGGACCAUGGCUGGCCGCCGGCAUGGUCUUGGUGGUGCUUGUCUACACCUUGAGCAAGGCCUGGACGGGAGCCACCACGCACCACUACCAGUAA